AUGAACAACCUCAAUUACCCCAUAUUUAACGUCAGCGAUCCAAUUAUACCCAUAACACCACCUGGAUCACUUCCUGGAGUUACCUAUAACAUAUCCCACGUUAAUUGGGGUCUAGCUGGCAGCGCGCUGGGUCUCUCGAACGGUUUCAGUGGAGGUGGAACAGGAGCAUUAACAUCAAACACUCCUUGCGUGUAUUGGAUGACUCCCAAUUAUCCAAAAGCCGAACCUUAUGAACGAGCUCCUUCCCUGCAGUACUCUUUCUCCGACCACGAUUCCACGUUCUUAGCGCAGCCACAACCAGGCUGGCUACAACUCACCUCGAGUUUACUACGACCACUAUUCCAAAACCAGUUACGUCAAUUCUUCUGGUAUGCUUACGAUGCAACGGCCGUAAACCUAAGCGAUUUGGGAUCUCGACCUCAAGCAAACUUGACUUCAUCCCUUGCUGCGUUCGCUUUGGCAAACACUCCAUAUUUUAAACCUGCCAGUCAGAGUAACGGUUUAUUGGAUACAGUUGCACAAAGCUUCUGGGUGGAUGCCACGACGCAGUCGUCCGGAAAUUAUACGUUUAAUGGUUUCCAACCAGUGCCGUGGUAUACGCCAUUGGACAAUGUCCAAUCAGUAUCAGAUCUGGACGAUGCAUUUGCGACUGCUAUACGCAGUGUUAUUGCAAAUCUAUCCACGAUAGACAAGACAGUACUGUUUGAGUCUGCGCCAACAGACUCCGAAGUAACAGACUUCUUCGUAAAUGUUGCUAAGGCUAUCUCUGGGAUGCCCUAUGGAGCAUACCUCUUCUCUAAACUCGACCACGUAAACAAGCAAUAUAAAUAUGUCAUGCAAGUUGGGACAGAUUCUCGGCUGAUAAAGUCCAGUGGAUUCCCGAGCCGUGGUGAACGUCAAUUCGUUCAGCAGGCUCAAGUGGAUAGUGCUCUUUUGCGAAUGAGUAACAAGGCAGUUUUGGGCAACACCACAAUCACUCAAGGCAUUAGAAUGAUGCCUCAAUACAUUGAUACUGGUGUUAAUAUUCAGAUAUCGUCCUUCUUGGGAGGCAUUUUGUUUCCCUUUGGUGUGUCCUUCCUGCUCCCCAUAUAUGUGAUUACAUUAGUCAAAGAGAAGGAAGAUCGGAUUCAGAUCAUGAUGAGGAUGAAUGGAAUGAAAAUGACCACAUACUACCUGGCGCACUCGCUUCACUUCUUCAGUCUUCACAUUAUCUCUGCGGCAUUCUUUUAUCUGGCUGGAUAUUUUGGAGGAAUGCAGUUGUUUACUCGGACACAAUUCGUUGUUUUGUUAAUCGUCUUGAUUCUUUGGGGCCUCGUGCAAAUAUCGUUGGCCUUCCUAUUCGCGGCCAUUUUCUCAAAGGCCAGAACGGCGCUAGUUGUAACUUUCUUGGUAGUCCUCUGCAGUGUCGUUGUUUCACUGGCUACCAAUCAAUUAUGGUCGGGAAACGGAUCUGCACCUGCUGCAUAUAAUCUGUACCCACCAUUCGCCUUCUAUCGAGCCCUCUUCAGAUUGAAUUCCAGUGCCUGGCGAAUCAACCAGAUACCUUACAACCUCAGCUUGCUAAAAGGCAAGGAUGACGUGUAUACCGCCAUAAUCGCUAUGGUUCUUGAAAUCCCGGUAUACCUUCUCAUCGCCACAUACUUGACAUAUGUCCUUCCAAGUGAAUAUGGUAAUCGUAAACCUUGGUAUUUUCCAAUAAUUGGCCUUUUCUCGCUACUGCGAAGUAAAAAGGCCGAAGUCAGCAUCAAUGAAGUAUCCACAGUCAAGGACGUCGUUGUGGAUCCAGAAGAUAUGGAAGAUGAUGAUGUGAAGGCUGAACGUGACCGUGUCAAAGGUGGCAUUUUUUCACCUAAUGAUCCACUCGUCCUGAAAGGGAUGAGAAAAGUAUUCCCUGCUACGAAACGAGGAAAGGCUCCCAAAGUAGCUGUUAAAGAUGCUUGGUUGGCUUGUGAGGAGGGCAUCAUUCUUGCUCUGCUGGGGCCCAACGGAGCUGGAAAAUCCACUCUCUUCAAUAUCGUCACUGGAUUAUACGAAUCAAGCGGAGGAAAGGCGUAUGUAGCUGGUUACGAUGUGGAUACGCAGGAAGAGGAAGUGUAUCGUCGCAUUGGAAUAUGUCCUCAACACGACAUUUUGUGGGACGAUCUUAAUAGUAUAGAACAUCUAGUCUUUUAUGCUCGACUCAAGGGCAUACCCAAGUCAGAAGAGAUGGAAGCUGUAAAGAAUGCCAUUGCCCGAGUGGCUCUAACUGGUUUAGAACGUAGAUUGGCUAAAAGGUUGUCUGGAGGAGAGCGUCGUCGCUUAUGUAUCGCCAUCGCUCUAGUGGCAAAUCCAAAAGUCGUCUUCUUAGAUGAGCCUACUACUGGGUUGGAUGUUGAAGUUCGACGACUAGUGUGGUCGAUUAUACAGGAAUCUCGUGCAAACCGUACUAUCAUCCUUACUACACAUUCCAUGGAGGAAGCCGAUGUUUUGGCAGACAGGAUUGCUAUAUUAGCAAAAGGAACGCUGCGCUGUCUAGGUUCUGUUCCACGGCUCAAGCAACUGUAUGGUUCUGGAUUCCGAGUCUCAUUUACGGCUUUACAGCAGGACAUGCCACGAGCUCGAGCGUAUGUCGAGAGCAUUCUACCACCAGAAGGUUUUACGGUGGUGGAUGAGUUCGUUACGUCUAUGGUGUAUGAGUUCAAGUGUGCAAUGCUUUAUAUUGCCACGCUCUUUGAAAGUAUGGAAGCCAACAAGGAUGCUGUGGGUAUAGAGGAGUAUGGAAUUUCUCAAACGACUCUUGAAGAAGUCUUCCUGUCCAUAGUGCGUAAUGAUGAUGCUGAAGCCUCGUAA